AUGUAUUUUGGUUUGUUUCUAGCAACUGGGGUUUUCUUUAUUUUCAUUGCGUUUACAAUGUUCCUUCCUGUCAUGGUUAUGAUGCCUCAAAAGUUUGCCAUCUGCUUUACACUUGGAUGUUGCUUCAUCAUUCGAUCCUUUUUUGCUCUCAAGGGUCCGAAGAAUCAGCUUGCACAUAUGUUCUCAAAAGAGAGACUUCCUUUUACAGUGAUCUUUAUUGGUAGUAUGUUGGGCACCUUAUAUGUUUCCAUGGGCCUCCACAGCUAUAUUCUGUCAGUUUUCUUCUCUGUAUUACAGGUCAUUUUCUACUAGAGGAGGAUGAUAAGUUUCUAGAUAAGGUUUGAGCUACAGUUCAGGAAGAGGAAUGUCAAGCCCUUGCUGCAUUUGGUGCCUGUUUCCAAUAUUAAUAAUUGUUUGAAGAAGCAUUUUCGAGACCUUUAAAAUGUCGUGAUCUUUGAAUUUAUAUAAUUCUGUUUGGUUGCAGUUAA